AUGUCGCGAGCGCUUGAUGUGACUGGCCAUGCAUUGUCUUCAGUGUCACAUGCGGCGGAUGCCGUGAUGACAUGUGGUGCUGCUGGGCAUUUGCACUCUCCUGGGCAAGCGCAGUGUGGUGAGACAUGGCAGCGUGUACUUUUGGGCAUGCCGGCUUCCUUGAUUCUUUCAGAUGAGACUUUGGCGAUGUACUUGGUCAUUCGUGGUAUACAGAUAUAUAUGAUUCGUGAUGCUGGUAUCCGUAUCUAUUUUGAGCAGUUUCCAGCGGGCUUGGAGCAUCGUCAUGCCAUCACUCGGCAGAUACUUGAGGAACUUGAGGGUGCCGAUAUGUGGCACCACCUUGCAUUCUUUCGUUUGAUGCUGGAUGGAGAUCAUAAGGAAGAUUUCUUCGAGAUGGCAUAUACACUUAUUCUACAUCGCAUGCGGGAGGACCCUCGGCCGUUCCACUUGCUUGUUCGCGAAAGUGAAUACUCAUGGGCCUGGUGCGAUGCUCUGGCAUCUGAUGAGACUAGACUGCUCUCCACUGCUUCGGAUGUGGCUUCAGAUGUUGCUCCAACUGAGCGGGAUGUGGAUUCCGAUAUGUCUCAUGAUUCCUCCGACUCUUUUCUUUAUGACUCUGAGCUGUGA